UAAAGCCCCUCCUCUAACGGAAGUGACGCGAUGUUCAUGUUUGAUCAUUUCCGGUUGCGUUGAGAACAGUUUCCGUUAACAGCGCAGCAAAGGUGACCAACUUUUUGUGCAGAAGAGGCUGGUGCAAGCUGAGCAGUUGAACCAUUAUGUGGAAUGGUUCCAGAUCAGGACAACGAGGGGGGAUGCCCUUUUGUGGCGACUCACGUGGGGAGAUGUUCGAAAGAAGAAACGGACCAAUGCCUGGUUUCAGAGGCCAAAAAGGAAUCAAUAUGGGCUGUCAGGACCGACCGCCCAUGGACAUGAGGAGAUUUGACCACCCGCCAGAUAUGGUAGGGCGAAACAUGGGUCUUUUUGACAGAGGAAGAGAUUCUCCUCGAGACCGCUUCAUGCCGCAAAAUGAACUCGAUAUUAGAAGACGCUUUGAGAUGGAGCAAAACGCGCCUGGUUUUAUGGGGCAGGGUCGGCCUCCGAUAGAUAUGGGUGGCAGGGACAUGCAAAUUAGGAACAUGAGGGGACCUGAAGAUCAAUUCAUGGACAUGAGGGAGAGGGACAGAUUUCGAAUGGACAUGCCUGGUUUCAACAUGUCACCCAUGGAUAUUAGGAGAAGGAUUGCAAUGGAAUCUAUGGACAGAAAUGACCAUGUAAGAGAAAAUGUAAGAGAGCGGCCACAGGUGGGUAUGAAUGACAUUGAUGGAUUUAGUAUGGAUAUGCCUCUCCGUGAAAGGUCAGUGGACUUUGAUAGACGAGGUUGCCCCCCUCCCCUUAAUUCUAGAGGAAGGUUCGAAUCUGAUACGGAUUUUAGGAAUCGAAUUGGGCCAUCAGGUGAUUUUAGGGAUCGCUCUCCUCAGAUGUUUCACGGUGGUGACGCCAUGAAUCUAAAGGGAAGACCUGAGUUGCCUCUUGAUCGUCAAGGUCCAGGGAGAGCAGGUGAACCAACUCUGAGGGACAGAGAAUUUCCUGAACAAACUGAGAACAGGUCUGGGUUUAGAGGAGAUGAUGAAAAAUCCCUCUCAGAUGAGUGGUGUAGGAGAAUAAAUAGAGGUUCCAAUUCGCCCAGAGACCCGAAGAAGAGAUUUGCACCUGGACUUGAUAAGCAAGGAGAUUUGGGGGAACUGUCACAGUUCAAUGACAGAGAGCGGCAAUUGGCGGAGAAUAAAGCCAAGGAUCGAGGAACUUUAGAGUUCUCCAGAUCUGAAAGAGAGGUUCCUACAGUCCAAAACUGGGACAGUAUUCCAACUGGUGUCCCAGUCAGAGAUCCAUCUCACUUAGUGACUAAAAAGGUACCACUUUUACCACUAAAUCCCAGUCUAAAUAUCCCAAGCAAAGUUAAGGAAAGUCAAGGACAAUGGUCAAGAGAAGAAAAGCCUGACAGCAUUGUACCAUCAGCGGGAAGACACCCGUUCUUUCCAGAGAAGAGUCUGUCAGUCAAAGAGAGUCAAUUUUCAGUUGCUCAAGGAAACUGCAAGGGAAAAGAUAUGCCUCUUGAUGAAGGUCAAAAGAAAGGGAAUCUUAUUCCAGGCCCAAGAGAUCCACAGAAUAACAGAGAGGGAAGGCGAGACCAGGACUAUGGAGACAUUGAUUACAGGACCAGUUCUGUGCAAAAAUAUGAUUAUAUCCUUGAGGAUUUCCAAGGGCCAGAAAAGGACAUCAAAGCACCCAAACCUGUUCCACCUGAAAGAACAAGUGCCUCUGGUUCUAAGGAUCAGGAUUACAGGAAUGCCAGUGUUCAGGAUAAGAUCGCAAAUACCAUUGCCAUCUCUGGAAUUCCAAAAACUGCCACUAUGCAACAGAUACUGAACGCCUUUGCAGUUCGAGAUGGAGUCCCAAUGCAAGGCAUGAAGAUAAGAGAUGUUGUUCCAGGUUACAGCUCCGAUACGGCCUAUGUGGAGUUUUUAAACAUCGAGGAUGCUGUCCACUUCAUGGAGUCCAACCAGGGUUCUGUUAAAGUUGGUAGUAAAAUUGCCUUACUGAAGUACAUUCAAUCUGACAGAAGUAUAAAAGAACCGCAUGAGGACCAACCCCAUAAAGCCAUCCCAUCUACGCAGGACGGACUGCUGCCAUGUCCAGUUCUUCCAAAUGUGAAUGAGGAAGGUUGUGCCAAGACUAUGAAUGAGCCCGUUUCUCAAAGCGGGUGGCAAAGGAGUUCCAACUUGACACCUGAAGCCUGGCAGCAGCAGGUCGACAAGCAGCAGGAGAUGGAGAAGCAGGCUGAGGAACAGGCCCAGCAGAGAGGUCCACGGCUCAGCCAGCAGGUGGCUGAUCCAGUUUUCAAGGAAAGCAAAACAAUGAUCAUUAAGAACAUACUGCCCACCACUACAGUGGAGACAAUCUUGAGGUCACUAGAUACUUUUGCUUACCUCGAUGAACGCAACGUCCGUCUGGUUAAAGGGAAAACGCCUGGAUCCAAAUGCUUUUGCUUUGUAGAUAUGGACUCGCACGAGCAAGUGACAAGGUUGGUCGACUUGCUCACCAAACCUCGUCCAAUUGUGAUCGAUGGAGUUCGGGUAUAUGCAGAGGUAGCAAAACCUCUAAAGAACCAGAUCUACAAGAAGGACUAUGACAAGUCAAACACUUCUCUUCUAGGUUUCCCACCUGAUGUUAUCGAGCAGCAACAGUACUUCCAUCCGACUCACACAGCCAUCUCAAGCACCACACAAGGUAUGGGUGUGCCUGCUUAUCCCUUGCAUACAGAUUCCUCUCUUGCUUCAGCCUCAAUACAGGAAUCAAGCUUGAACCAAGGUGCAGUGUUUGCAGAGGCUUCAGUUGAAGCUACGGAGCAACAGACAUCUUCAACUGACACUGCUUACACUGACUCUGCUGGUGGCUCUGAAGACUAUAGCUACAUUUCAGACACUCCAGAUUUGUCUGCCUUCCUGUUUGACGCUACGUCUGGCUUCUACUAUGACCCACAGACUACCUUGUACUAUGACCCCAAUUCAAGGUAUUUUUACAAUGCUCAGACACAGCAGUACUUGUAUUGGGACAGUGCCUCAAAGAUCUAUAUACCAGUUGAAGGCGAAGGCUCGGGUAUAGACGCUCAGAAAGUAAAUGUUCCUGUGGAGGCUGUGGCUGAGACUGUGGCAGCUGAGGAACUUAAAAUGCCAUCAGAAGGCGGACCAGAGCGAAGGGAGGAUGACGACACUAUGCCACGCUCUGAGAAGAAAGAGAAGGAAGAUAAACCCAGGAGCCUGGCAGCGUUUAAGAUCAUGAAAGACAUGGAACGCUGGGCCAAGAUCCAGAAUCGACAGAAGGACAGUGUCCGAGCUCCAUCUCCUGUCCUGAGGAGUGGAGCAGAGGACAAGAAGGCAUCCAAAGCUGCUGAUGCAGCGUUCGCAGUAUUCGAAAGGAAGGCUGGUGGAGAUGACUUGUUCAAAAAACCUUUUGCUCCACCAAGAAAAGAGGAGAAGACAUCCAAGAAACCCAUGGGUUCACUGGGCAUGUUAGCUGCUGACUAUGCAGCUGGAAGUGAUGAAGAGGAAGAGGAAAAACAUGAGAAACAUGAAGCACCUGCCCCACCUGCAAAGAGCCAACCAGAGCCCCAGGAGAAAGAAGACAAACUGACAGACUGGAAGAAAAUGGCGUGUCUGUUGUGCAGGAGACAGUUUCCCAGUAAAGACGCCCUGAUCCGCCAUCAACAGCUCUCAGACCUACAUAAGCAAAAUAUGGAGAUUCACUUAAAGAUUAAAAAGUCAAAGAGGGAACUAGAAGCAUUGGAAAACCAAGAAAAAGAGAUGCAUAUGAAAGAAACUCACAGUCCACCUGAAGCAAAGAAGCGGAAACAAAGCACAUUUCCCAGCAGUUCGAGGGACACACACAAAGGCAAUGAGAGACCAGGACUAGGUCUGGAGACCACUGAGCGGAGCAAGAAGGAAGCGGUUGUCUGGAAUGCUGCCACCUAUAAGCAGGCUGUGCGGAAGGCCAUGUUUGCACGCUUUAAGGAGCUUGAAUGAUGAGUUAAAGAACUGAAUCACUGAAAUGCACAGUUUAUGCCAGCAGCUCACUUCAGGCCAUUUCUGUGAGCUAACUCCGAUUUUCUGCUCAAUCUCCAUUGUGUGUCUUGAUUGUGCCUGUAAUGGUUAUAAAUACAUUUUUCUCAGUCCACAGUUCUGCUACAAUUUAUUUUUUGUUUUCUUUUUUUCUUUUUUGUAGCUGAACUGUUCAGGGCUUUGACACUAUUUUAUUUUCCUUCACUUUGUAUUGUGUGUUUUUUAAUGAGAAAUAAGUGAGUUUUGCAACUCCUGUAAAUGUAAUUGUAACUGUAGAAAUCAGUAUUCUGUGAGUCAAUAAACUGACUGCCAUAA